UUUUUUUUAAUAAUACUUCUCUGGGGUCAAGUCUGUCAAUCCAUCUACAUUCAGAGAGCUCUUUGAGGAUUUCACUGUGGAUUCUUAAUAUUCCACGAUGGACUCUGACAUUUUAAACAUUGAAGAUAUUGUGAUGGGACGGGGACUGCCCAAUCCCCCCCCACAAGCCGCUCCUGAAAAACCAGUGGAGCCAUUUAAGCGGCCCAUCAGUUUGAAUGGACCUCUAGCACCCACUGCGCAACCCUACCAGCAUGAGAAUCUGCAGUGUUUCCAGUGCUUCAUCACCUUCUGCAAUGCCAAAGCCAAGGAGAGACACAUGAAGAAGAGCCACCGGGAAGAGUACAAGCAACAACUUCAACAGGGCAACACGCUGUUUACGUGCUACGUGUGUGACCGCACGUUUUUAUCAUCUGAGGAGCUGACACUGCACCAGCCAACACACAGCAAGGAUGACAAGCCCUUCAAAUGUGCCCACUGCAAGGAGAGCUUCAGAACAUUCACUGAACUGACGACACACAGAAGGCACGUGUGUCCAGAGAAGCAGCUGCCGUGUAAAGAUUGCAACGAAACCUUCAGGAGUGCGGCGAUGCUGCGCACGCAUCGCCUGGCCCAUCACUCUCGCCCUGAAGUUGAGACGGCCGAGCAGCCAGAGGAGACUGCCAAAAGCCAUCGCUGCAAGAAGUGUGGCCAGGGAUUCGACAGCGAAUCGGAGCUGAACGAACACGAGCAGAAGUACCCCGAAGGCCAGCAGUGCGACGGCAGCGACGCGUCGGCCAAGAAGCGCGGACGGCAAGCCAAGGUCGAGGAGGGAGCGGGCGCGGAGAAAAGAGGAAAGCGAAAGAAGAAAGACGAGGCGGAGGCUUGUGAGGAAGGGGAGGCUGCCAAUACUGGCGCCACUCCUGAGCCACCGGCAGCCCCAGCGGAGGAGAAAGCAAAAGCAGGCGGUGCAAAGCGAGGUCGCCCUCCUAAAACAGCAGUUGUUGUAAAGUGUGAAGCAGCAGAUAAAGAAAUCGCUGCAGCUGGCAGCGAUGAAGCAGCAAAGGAGACAAAAGUUAAAGUUGAGACGGCGGCGCCCCGGCAGCACGCGUGUCCUGAAUGUGAGCUCUCCUUCCCCAGCACACUUCAGCUGCGCACUCACAAGAAGGAGAAGCAUACGGUCCGAAAAGCCCACCCGUGUGCCGAGUGCGACGAGAGCUUUGCCCGGGCGGAGCAGCUGGAUACGCACAUGUCACGUGCGCACGCCGUCGGCCGCUUCGCCUGCACCACCUGCGGCAAGAGCUUUGGCCGCGAGCGCACGCUGAAGGCUCACCAGAAGACCCACCCCGAAGAGCAGCCGGAGUCUCCCAAAAGAUAAUUGUGACAGGAAGUGACGAGAAGUGUCCCCUUGUUUUAGCAUCCUCAUUCUCAAGCUGUUGACAUUUUGACAAAUGGCAUUGUAGGAGGUUUACACGGGAUAUCUCAUUGACUAGCGAAAUGUUUACUGUUAACUAAACAAUAGUUGAUUUGUAAAAACAUAGUUUUGAUUCACUUUUUAAGGUUUGUGUUUUUUUUUUUUUUUUUUUUAGUAUGUAAUGUGUGGUGUGAAUUCUAUUUUUUUCCCGUUAACAAAAAACAAAUUUAAGUGUGUAUUUUGUAAGCUAUUAGAUGCCAUGUUUUAACUGUUUGUCAAAAUAAUGUACAACCUCUGGUUCAUAUGUAUUGUUUACACUUAAUAUUUUGAUCAUGAUCCUAUCCCAUUUUUUUAAUAGACUUGAUACAAGUAUUAUUAUUUUUUUCUGAGUGCUCCAAGUUCAGUGUAGACAAUUGAUCCACUAUAAUCAUGAUUUCUAAUGAGUGCUCCUUUCCUUUGCCACCAAGAUGAGUUACUGUUAUAUACAUUUCGUGAAUGGAACUUAUGGCUCUAUCAUGCCUACAGAGUCUCACAGUAAAUAAUGUAUAUUAAGUGUCUUCUCUCUGGAUUGUUUCUCCCCCACUGCUGUGUCUGGACAGUGCAAAUAUGAAAUAAAACAGGCUGCCCAUGCAGGCUUUUGGACAA